AUGGUGACCCCCUGCCCCACCAGCCCCAUGAGCCCCGCCGCCCGGGCUGGGAGGCGGGACGACCAGAACCUCCGUGCCCCGGUGAAGAAGAGCAGGCGCCCACGCCUCCGGAGGAAGCAGCCGCUGCAGCCGCUGAACCCGUGCCCGCUACCCGGAGACUCUGGCGUCUGCGACCUGUUCGAGUCCCCCAGCUCCGGCUCGGAUGGCGCAGACAGCCCCGCGGCGGGAGGCUGCAGCCCCCUACCCGGUCCUGCCCAGCAGCUGGUGCAGCUAGAUCUACAGACCUUCCGCGACUACGGUCAGAGCUGCUACGCCUUCCGCAAGGCGCGGGAAAGCCACUACCACCCGCGGGAGUCAUUGGCGCGGCAGCCACAAGUAACGGCGGAAUCCCGCUGUAAGCUGCUCAGCUGGCUAAUCCCCGUGCACCGCCAGUUCGGCCUCUCCUUCGAGUCGCUGUGCCUGACGGUGAACACUCUGGACCGCUUCCUUAUCACCACGCCUGUGGCUGCAGACUGCUUCCAGCUGCUCGGGGUCACGUCCCUGCUCAUCGCUUGCAAACAGGUGGAGGUGCACCCGCCGCGCGUGAAGCAGCUCCUGGCCCUGUGCUGCGGCGCCUUCUCCCGGCAGCAGCUCUGCAACCUCGAGUGCAUCGUGCUGCACAAACUGCACUUCAGCCUGGGCGCGCCGACCAUCAGCUUCUUCCUGGAGCAUUUCACGCACGCACGCGUGGAGGCCGGGCAGGCAGAGGUCUCCGAAGCCCUGGAAGCGCAAGCCCUGGCGCGAGGGGUGGCGGAGCUGAGCCUGGCUGACUACGCUUUCACCAGCUACACCCCCUCCCUGCUGGCCAUCUGUUGCCUGGCGCUGGCAGACCGUAUGCUGCAGUUCCCUCGCCCGAUGGACUUGCGCCUGGGCGGGCACCCCGAGGCGGCGCUGCAGGACUGCCUGGGCAAGCUGCAGCUACUGGUGGCCAUAAACAGAACGUCCCUGACUCACAUAGUGCCCCUCCAGAUCUGCGAGAAGUGCAGCCUGUCCCCGAGCUUGAAAUGA